GACGGGCGAAGGCCUCAGAUCCCACGCGGUGCCGGAGGAGGCAGGCUGUACCUGCUACCCCUAACGCCGCUGCUGCUCCCACCUCCAGUAUGAAGCGACCGAAGUUAAAGAAAGCAAGUAAACGCAUGACCUGCCAUAAGCGGUAUAAAAUCCAAAAAAAGGUUCGAGAGCACCAUCGAAAAUUGAGGAAGGAGGCUAAGAAACGGGGUCACAAGAAACCUAGGAAAGAUCCAGGAAUUCCAAACAGUGCUCCCUUUAAGGAGGCUCUUCUUCGGGAAGCUGAGCUAAGGAAACAACAGCUUGAAGAACUAAAACAGCAGCAGAAACUUGACAGGCAGAAGGAACAGGAAAAGAAAAGGAAAUGUGAAGCUACCCUUGAUGUUGAGCCAUCUGUGAAGGAGGAAUUUGGGCAACCCAAAGCUAAGAAAGCCAAGCUGGCUAAACAGAAUCCAAAGAAGUUGUAUUGUCAGGAACUUAAAAAGGUGAUUGAAGCCUCAGAUGUUGUGCUGGAAGUGUUGGAUGCCAGAGAUCCUCUUGGUUGCAGGUGUCCUCAGGUGGAAAAGGCCAUUGUCCAGGGUGGACAGAAAAGGCUGGUACUUGUGUUAAAUAAAUCAGAUUUGGUACCAAAGGAGAAUUUGGAGAACUGGGUAAAUUAUUUGAAAAAGGAAUUGCCCACAGUUGUGUUCAGAGCCUCAACAAAUCUGAAGGACAAAAAAAAGAUACCCAAGGUAAGGAGGAACAUUCCAUUCAAAAGUGAAAUCUGUGUUGGGAAAGAAUGCCUUUGGAAACUUCUUAGAGAUUUUCAAGAGAUUUAUGGCAAAGCUAUUCAGGUUGGAGUAAUUGGUUUCCCAAAUGUGGGGAAAAGCAGCCUCAUCAACUGCUUAAAACAAGAACAGAUAUGUAAUGUCGGUGUAUCCAUGGGACUUACAAGGAGCAUGCAGGUUGUCUCUCUGGACAAACAAAUCACAAUCAUAGAUAGUCCAUGUUUCAUUGUGUCUCCAUUUAACUCUCCCGCCGCACUUGCUCUGAGAAGUCCAGCAAGUAUUGAAGUAUUAAGACCAGUGGAAGCUGCCAGUGCCAUCCUGUCCCAGGCUGACACUCGACAGGUAGUACUGAAAUUCACUGUCCCAGACUUUAAGAACUCUUCAGAAUUUUUUACUUUGCUUGCUCAGAGAAGAGGACUGCACCAAAAAGGUGGAAUCCCAAAUGUAGAAGGUGCUGCCAAACUGCUGUGGUCUCAGUGGACAGGUGGCUCUUUAGGCUACUAUUGCCAUCCUCCUCCAUCAUGGACUCUUUCUCCACAUUUUAAUGAAAACAUUGUGACAGACAUGAAAUUGGGUUUGAAUCUGGAAGAACUAGAAAAGAACAAUGCACACAGCAUACAAGCCAUCAGGGGCCCUCAUUUAGGCAGUAGCAUCCUUUUCCAGUCCUCGGGUCUGACAAAUGGAAUAACAGAGGAAGAGGACAUCGUUGAAGAAUUGCCAAAACAGAAAGAAAGGACUCAGGAAGAGAGGGAGGACUUAGAAGACAUCAAUAAUGACCAGGAAAGUGUUGAAGAAGCUGAGGGAAAUAGCUCAAUCAUGUCCCCUGCUAAAGAGGCCUGGGCAGAUGAACAGUCUGCACAAUCUUAUGCCUUGGAUAGGAUAUCUGAAGAGGAAGAUGAUGCUUACAACUUCAGUACAGACUAUGUAUAAUGUAACUUUGUCCUCUUAGGGGCUUUUUGUGUUUUUUACAAUUUGAACAAACUGUUCUAUGUGUAUGAUGUACCAGUUUGUUUCUGGUAUGACAAGCUGUGUAAAUUUUGUAAAUAUGUGUCAUAAUAUAGUCAUUUAAAAAAAUCAGGCAAUGUAGAAAGUGUCUGAAUUCCAUAAAGACAGUUCAUCUCUUGUA